AGGACCUGUCAAAGAUGAGACAAUAGGCCAUUGUGGCAGCUCGCCUGACAAGGGAUGAAACGAAGCCAUCCACAAUGAGACCACAGCAAGGACGGCAGAAGAUCCCGCCACGUGAUGUCACAUGAUGACCCCGGGGUCCCCGGCAUUCCGAUAUCCCCCGACGGAAUUUCUUCUCUUCUCUGUCUCCGUUCCCUCUCUUCCCUCUCUUCCAUCUGCUGUUGUCCCUCGCGAUCUCCAUCUCCGCCAUCAUGUCCAAGGCUACGGUCGCAGCCAUCGCGGCUGCCAGUGCAGCCACCGGUGCCGGAUUGACCGCUCUCUUUUACUCCUCCCCUAGACCCCAACCCCAACCCCAACCCCAACCUCAACCUCAACUACCACAGCCGCCGCCGCAGCAAAGCCUUCCUCCGCCCGCCGCCCUCAAGACCCUCCACCCCCAACCCGCCGCUCCCUCCCUCGCCCCGAAACCCGCCAGUGGCCCCGUCGACCCAGCUGGCAUCUACCAGUACGGCUUUCCUGGCCCCGUGGCCGACACCCUUCUCUCCAGCCCCCUGGCCGGCGCCUACGACCGGCGGAUGCGCAAUCCGUCUUGGGUUGCCGAACAUAUCACACCGCAAUCCCUCGCGCAGAAGAACGCCGACCGCAAAGGCAGCACUUUUUUCGAAGACACGACUAUCCCCCCCCUCUUCCGAGCCAAAUUGGCCGACUACUUCCGCUCCGGCUACGAUCGGGGCCACCAGGUGCCCGCCGCAGACGCCAAAUGGUCCCAGGACGCGAUGGACGCGACCUUUGCACUGUCCAACAUGUGCCCUCAGGUGGGUGAGGGCUUCAAUCGCGACUACUGGGCACACUUUGAGGACUUCUGCCGUAACCUGGCCAAGAAGUAUCCCUCGGUUCGCGUGGUGACGGGGCCGCUGUAUCUGCCUCAUCGAGACCAGGAUGGCAAGUGGCGCGUCUCGUACGAGGUGAUCGGCAACCCGCCGAACGUGGCCGUACCAACCCAUUUCUACAAGGUUAUAUAUGCGGAGGAGAGCCCUGCCACGGCCGGGAAGGUUGCGCUGGGGGCUUUUGUCUUGCCAAAUGCACGCAUCUCGAACGACAAGCGGUUGGCUGAAUUUGAGGUCCCGCUGGAGGCCAUUGAGAGGGCGAGUGGGUUGGAGUUUGCGGCCAAGCUGGAGACCGGUCGUCGUAAGCGUCUGUGCCAGGAGAUUAAGUGUGAUAUUGUUGUCCGGGAGUUCAACAAUGCCAACAAGCGGUCCUAACUCUCUCCGUCCUCUACGCUGCUUGCUCAUAGUGCCACCACACCGUUCUCGGUUCAGUUGUCAACUCUCGGGGAAUGAUACCGAGCCCCAUCGAAACUUGUCUGAUCCAUCGCAUUAAGUUGCACCUGCCAUUCGCCUUUGCCUGUUUUGUAGACCCUUCCUUGUCUCUGCAGAGAGCCUGCAGGUGACUUUGGCCUUGGGCCUUGAGAUCAGUCUAGUCAACCUCAUCCAGGCCUGUCUCUCUUGCAGUGGGCCAACUCAUGCUUCCACCUGCACCGAGCUGACGUUUGUCUUC